AUGCUGGAGGACAGCAGCAUUUGGGGGUCAUCAGAGGAUCCCCCAAAGAACCUUCCAGACAAGCCCAACCCCAGAAGAGAGGCUAGCUUGGAUGGGGGCCUGGAAAAGGAGAGCCCAACUUCUGGCUCACUCAAUUCUCCUCACCACUCACAGGACCUGGGCCUCGAGGGGACCCUCCUCACCGACAUCCUCUAUAGGAAUGUGGCCUUCCUCAAUCUGGUGGACCCUAUCUCCCAUGACCUGCUCGUGAACCUGGCCCGUGACCUGCAGUGCCCCAAGACGGACUAUGAGCUCUGGAAGUCCUCGGACAAGAUCUGCCGACAGCUCAUCUACCACCUCACCCCUCACUCCAAGCGGCAGCGAGGAUCCAGCCUGCUCCAGAGGAAGACCCAGAGCUGCCUCAAGAGCAGCCUCCAGGUGACUCAGCUGGCUGGGGAGACCGUGAACCUGUCGGGGAUUCCACUGUCGGCGCGGGAUGUGCAGCACAUUGUGCGCUACCUGGGAAACCAGGGAGCCGGGCUCACGGUGCUGGACCUGAGCUUCACGGGGCUCAGCGAUGAGCUUCUGCGCCUGCUGCUACCCAGCCUCUGGACGCUGCCCCGCCUCACCCAGCUCCUGCUCAACGGCAACAGGCUGACGAGGGCCACUGCCCGUGAGCUCACUGAGGCCGUCAAGGACUCCACCAAGUUCCCCUCGCUGGCCUGGGUAGACCUGGGCAACAAUGUGGACGUGGCCUCCUUGCCCCAGCCCCUGCUGGUCGGCCUACGCCGGCGGCUGAGCCAGCGCACCUCACUCCCCACCAUCUAUGAGGGCCUGGACCUCGAGCCUGAGGGUAGUGAGGCCAGGGCCACCUCUGCUGCCUCCACCUGGGGCUCUGCAGCUGCCGAGCCAGGGUCGGAGCCCCAGGCCUGCUGCACGAGGUGACCUGCCACCACCCUGGCUGCUGCUACCUGACUGCCAGUGGCACAUGGGAUGGGGGAUGAUGGAGGCCUUCUAGGUCCCCAGAAAUCCAGUGUAAAUACUCAGCCUGGGAUUAAGGGGAUGGAAGGAGAAUGGGUUCACCAGAGGCUAGAUGGUCAGCCCAGGAUGGAGUCUCAGACUUCCCUCAGCAGGAGGGCCCAGAACCUGCUGUGCCGAUCCCACAGUAAACAGAGAUGCCCCCCUCUGC